GAGCUGUCAGCGGAGCGCCGAGGGCGCGCUACCCACCUGGUGCUGAAGGCCUGGCCUUGGCCGCCUGCGCUCGCGGCCCCGAGCGGCCUCCUGUCGACUCCGAGCUGCAGCUCCAGGCACGGGCCGGGUGGAAGCCCCAUCCUCUUUAGUUGUGCCCGCCUGCACCCUCUCGUUCACAGACAGAUAAUCUUGGAAGAUAUAGGAUUCCAAAAAUGUUUCCCUUGAAGGAUGCUGAAAUGGGAGCCUUCACCUUCUUUGCCUCAGCUCUGCCACAUGAUGUUUGUGGAAGCAAUGGACUUCCCCUCACACCAAAUUCCAUCAAAAUUUUAGGACGCUUUCAAAUCCUCAAGACUAUCAUCCAUCCCAGACUAUGCCAAUAUGUGGAUAUUUCUAGAGGAAAACAUGAAAGACUAGUGGUGGUGGCUGAGCACUGUGAAAAGAGUCUGGAAGACCUGCUUCGAGAAAGGAAACCGACAAGCUGCUCGAAGGUUUUGUGCAUAGCAUUUGAAGUACUUCAGGGACUGCAGUACAUGAACAAACAUGGUAUAGUACACCGGGCUUUGUCGCCUCAUAAUAUCUUAUUGGAUCGAAAGGGACAUAUUAAAUUGGCUAAAUUUGGACUAUAUCACAUGACAGCUCAUGGUGAUGAUGUUGAUUUUCCAAUAGGAUACCCAUCAUAUCUGGCACCUGAAGUAAUUGCACAGGGAAUUUUCAAAAAUACGGAUCAUGUGCCAAAUGAAAAGCCAUUACCUUCUGGCCCCAAAUCAGAUGUAUGGUCUCUUGGAAUAAUUUUAUUUGAACUUUGUGUGGGAAGAAAAUUAUUCCAGAGUUUGGAUAUUUCUGAAAGGCUAAAAUUUUUGCUUACUUUGGGCUGUGUAGAUGACACUAUAGUCGUUCUGGCUGAAGAGCAUGGUUGUCUGGACAUUAUCAAGGAACUUCCUGAAAACGUGAUGAAUCUUUUGAAGAAGUGCCUCACCUUUCAUCCUUCUAAGAGGCCUACUCCAGAUGAAUUAAUGAAGGAUGAAGUAUUCAGUGAAGUGUCUCCUUCAUACACCCCCUUUGUCAAACCUGCUGGUCUGUUUUCAUCUUCUCUGAGAUGUGCUGAUUUAACUCUGCCUGAGGACAUCAGUGACUUGUGUAAAGAUAUAAACAAUGAUUACCUGGCAGAAAGGUCUAUUGAGGAAGUUUACUAUCUGUGGUGUUUGGCUGGAGGUGACUUGGAGAAGGAACUUAUUAACAAGGAAAUCAUUCGAUCCAAACCGCCUAUCUGCACACUCCCCAAUUUUCUCUUUGAAGAUGGUGAAAGCUUUGGACAAGGUCGAGAUAGAAGCUCACUCCUAGAUGAUACUACUGUGACAUUAUCAUUAUGCCAGCUAAGAAAUAGAUUAAAAGAUGUUGGUGGAGAAGCAUUUUAUCCAUUACUUGAAGAUGACCAGUCUAAUUUACCUCAUUCAAACAGUAGUAAUGAGCUGUCUGCAGCUGCUGCUCUCCCUUUAAUCAUCAGAGAGAGGGAUACAGAGUAUCAACUGAACAGAAUUAUUCUCUUUGACAGGUUGCUAAAGGCCUAUCCAUAUAAAAAAAAUCAAAUUUGGAAAGAAGCUAGAGUUGAUAUUCCUCCUCUUAUGAGAGGUUUAACUUGGGCCGCUCUUCUGGGAGUUGAGGGAGCUAUUCAGGACAAGUAUGAUGCAAUUGAUAAAGACACUCCAAUUCCUACAGAUAGACAAAUUGAAGUAGAUAUCCCUCGCUGUCAUCAGUAUGAUGAACUGUUAUCAUCACCAGAAGGUCAUGCAAAGUUUAGACGUGUAUUAAAAGCUUGGGUAGUAUCUCAUCCUGAUCUUGUCUACUGGCAAGGACUUGAUUCACUCUGUGCUCCAUUCCUGUACCUCAAUUUCAAUAAUGAAGCCCUGGCUUAUGCUUGUAUGUCUGCUUUUAUUCCCAAAUACCUGUACAACUUCUUCUUGAAAGAUAACUCACAUGUAAUUCAAGAAUACCUGACUGUGUUCUCUCAGAUGAUUGCAUUCCAUGAUCCAGAGCUGAGUAAUCAUCUUAAUGAGAUUGGCUUCAUUCCUGAUCUCUAUGCCAUCCCUUGGUUUCUCACUAUGUUUACUCAUGUAUUUCCAUUGCACAAAAUUUUCCACCUCUGGGAUACCUUACUGCUUGGAAAUUCCUCUUUCCCAUUCUGUAUUGGAGUAGCCAUUCUCCAGCAGUUGAGGGACCGGCUUUUGGCUAAUGGCUUCAAUGAAUGCAUUCUUCUCUUCUCUGAUUUACCAGAAAUUGACAUUGAACGGUGUGUGCGAGAGUCAAUUAACCUGUUUUGUUGGACUCCUAAAAGUGCUACGUAUAGACAGCAUGCACAGCCUCCAAAGCCAACCUCUGAAAACAAUGCAGUCAGAAGUUCAGCACCCUUUUUCUCUGUUGACUCUGCUGAUCCUCCAAAGACAGAUCUGUCAAGAGAAUCUAUCCCGUUAAAUGAUCUAAAAUCAGAAGUAUCACCCCGAAUUUCAGCAGAGGAUCUAAUUGACUUGUGUGAGCUGACAGUGACCGGCCACUUCAAAACACCCACCAAGAAAACAAAAUCCAGUAAACCAAAGCUCCUGGUGGUUGACAUCCGAAAUGGUGAAGACUUUGUUAGGGGUCACAUCUCAGGUAGCAUCAACAUUCCAUUCAGUGCUGCGCUCACUGCCGAGGGAGAGCUUGCCCAGGGCCCUUACACGGCUAUGCUCCAGAACUUCAAGGGGAAGGUCAUUGUCAUCAUGGGCCAUGUGGCAAAGCACACAGCUGAGUUUGCAGCUCAUCUUGUGAAGAUGAAAUAUCCAAGAGUCUGUAUUCUCGAUGGUGGCAUUAAUAAGAUCAAGCCAACAGGCCUCCUCACCGUCCCAUCUCCUCAAAUAUGAAGAACCAAGAGUGGCUCAACACCCUGCAGCUCAGCUCUUCAUGGCAUGUCACUCCGUGGCCAAGCUAGACAUCAAGAUGACUGCAUUUCUUCAGUUAUGUCUUGAACACUUUUGUAAAUCUAAUGACUCAAAUGUUCAGCUAUCCAGGCAAGAAACUUGACUGCACAUGUAUUGCUAAAAGGAUUUUUUUAACAGUGAAAUCUGAUCAUAUAUUUUUACCACAGAGCCACAUAAAGCCAGGGGAAUUCAGCUGACAGGACAGAUUUAGCAUUAUCAGCGAAUCCAAGCUGCACUGAAAAAGCUGCCCUCAGUUACACUGAACCCACUCCUAAAAAAGUUGUUAUUUAGAAAUACUGAUUGAAUUUGACCUGAAGUCAUCACCUGUCCCUGAUAACAAAUUAAAAGGCUAUUCACAAUAUACUCUUCAUAAAUAAAUGCUACAUUUAGUAAUUCAA